ACCCCCCCAGUCUCAGUCUCUGUGUGAGGGUGUGUGGAGGACCGGACCAGCGGGGAACGGAGCCGCUGCUCGCCGACAGACAGCCGCAGAGAGCCGGGGAGGUCCGGAGCAGAGAGCCGGGGCAGAGCUGGAGCUGCUGGAGAGUCACACCGGAGUCACACCGGAGUCACACCGGAGUCACCGCCGGACUUGAACUGAUCGUUGUUUCGUGUUCAUAAACUUGUGGGAUUAAACGCAGAACAAGACGAGAGAGCUCCGGGACCGGGUCUGGGUCCGGGUCUGGAUUUAGGCUAUCUUCAUGGUCUGCACACACACAGGAGGUCCGCUGUGAUCCGGGUCCGCCGUGCUGUCCUCUCUCUGAUAGUUGUUCUAGUGCCGGACCAUGGUGGGGGAGAUGGAGGGGAAGGAGAAGCCGAGACCCAGUCCGGAUUAUCUGAUGCAGCUCAUGAACGACAAGAAGCUGAUGAGCAGUCUCCCGAACUUCUGCGGGAUCUUCCAGCACCUGGAGAGACUGCUGGACGAGGAGAUCAGCCGUGUGAGGAAGGACAUGUACAUCGACACUCUGAACGGCUCAGAGAGGAUCAGCGAGCUGCCGGACGCCGUCGGUCCAAACGUCCAGCUGCAGGAGAAACUCUACGUCCCCACCAAGGAGCAUCCUGAUUUUAACUUUGUGGGGAGGAUUCUGGGGCCUCGAGGUCUGACCGCGAAGCAGCUGGAGGCGGAGACAGGAUGUAAGAUCAUGGUGAGAGGGAGGGGCUCCAUGAGAGACAGGAAAAAGACAUAUGUUAUACUGGAUGAAAGAGGAUUCUGGAGUUGUGCUGGAAGAUUUAGAGAUGACAGAGAAUCCCCAUCCCAUCUUGCACCUGCGGAGGAGCAGAACCGAGGGAAGCCUAACUGGGAGCACCUGAACGAGGACCUUCACGUCCUCAUCACGGUGGAAGAAGCUCAGAAUCGAGCCGAGAUCAAACUCAAACGAGCGGUGGAGGAAGUCACCAAGCUGUUGGUGCCCGCAGCGGAGGGGGAGGACAGUCUGAAAAAGAUGCAGCUGAUGGAAUUAGCCAUCCUGAACGGGACCUACAGAGACGCUAAUGUCAAACCCUCCGCCGUCUCCUUCUCUCUUGCAGCCUCCUGUCAGACUCCUCGUUUCCUCUCUGGCCCUGCCCCCGUGUUGGCUCCACCCACCACCCUGCGUACACCUGCCCCCACUGGCCCCACUCUCAUGCCUCUGAUUCGUCAGAUCCAGACGGUGCUGCCCAAUGGGACACCUCACCCAACAGCUCUGAUGCCGGGGGCGGGGCCCGAGUCCGGUCUGAUUUACGCGUCGCCGUACGACUACCCCUACGCUCUGGCGGCGCCGGCUUCCAUCUUGGAGUACCCUCUGGACUCUGGUGGGGUGUUAGGUAAGCCUGCCCCCCCCUGCUCCUGCGACUGCUCCCCCGCGCCUCAUCACCACCCCCACGGCCAGUGGAGCCCCGCCCCCACACUGCUCCUCAGACACACCUCCUAAAAGAUGGAAUAGAAGUGCCCCUCCACGCCACACACCUCGUUCACAGCUGAAACCUGCAGCAUGGCCCCCUGCUGGACGGAGUCAGAAACUGUGAACUCUGAUUGGAGGAAAGGGAUGAGUUCAUUCACAUCAGCUGAACAUUAAAAUAAAUGUUCCAACAUUAAAGA